AUGCCGGUGCCCCAGCAGCCAGUGAUGAUUCUCCAGCAGCUUCCCAGCUCCGCAGCUGCCCUGGCCCCCCCCGCUGGACCCCCGCACGUCCGGGGAGAUUUAGUCGAGUUGAUGAUGAUUCAAAACUCCCAAAUGCACCAGGUGGUGAUGAACAGCCUGGCUGUGUCGGCACUGACGUCUUUCGGGUUUGGGCCAUCCCCAGCUACUGCCCAGGCGAUGGCGGUGCCUUUGCAGACCAGAGAGGAAGAGGAGGCUGUGGUUUUCCACCACCACUAUGUCCCCUACCCUGGUCCUGCUCCUAUCCUGGCGUGGCCGGUGCCGGUGUGGGAUCGGGGGCCAGAGGCCAUGCGCAGCACAGUUCCCCCCCCUCCACCUCCCAGCGCCACGGGGACCGUGGGAGCCAGCGUCCCACCAGCAUCAGAGUACUAUGACGUGAUGGAGGAGAGGCUGUGA